CGGAAGUCGAGAGGGGCUGAAGGCCUGGCCCAAGAUCGCCCAGGCCUCCAGAGCGUGCAGGUCGGGUUCCCCGACCAGGAGACGCUGUGACCAUCUGCACCAGCACCGGCACCCGCACCAGCACCAGGAGCUCGCGGAGGUUUGGAUGAGGCGUGAAUUCGGAUACCGCACAGGUCCGACGCGUCCGACGCGGCCUCCGCGAGCGAGGCCUGCGGGCGGAGAGCGGAACCUGACGAUGGGGGCCAGCCCGCCAACGCCCGGCUGCGCGCUGAGGGAGCUGGCUGGCUGCACACCACGGGUGGGAGACGCUGAGCAGGCCAGACUGAACGCUUCGGGUCCCAGACGCCCAGGGACACAGACUCUGCCACGACUCUCUCCUUGGUGAGGCGGAACCAGCCCUCUGGCCAUGGGCGGAGCCGUGGUGGAUGAGGGUCCCACGGGCGUCAAAGCCCCUGAUGGGGGCUGGGGCUGGGCCGUCCUCUUCGGCUGCUUCGUCAUCACGGGCUUCUCCUACGCCUUCCCCAAGGCGGUCAGCGUCUUCUUCAAGGAGCUCAUGCGGGAGUUCGGGAUUGGCUACAGCGACACGGCGUGGAUCUCCUCCAUCCUGCUGGCCAUGCUUUAUGGCACAGGCCCCCUCUGCAGCGUGUGCGUGAACCGCUUUGGCUGCAGGCCCGUCAUGCUUGUGGGUGGCCUCUUCGCGUCCCUGGGCAUGGUGGCCGCGUCCUUCUGUAGGAGCAUCGUCCAAGUCUACCUCACCACAGGGGUCAUCACUGGUUUGGGCCUGGCUCUCAACUUCCAGCCCUCCCUCAUCAUGCUCAACCGCUACUUCAACCAGCGGCGCCCCAUGGCCAACGGGCUGGCGGCAGCGGGCAGCCCCGUGUUCCUGUGCGCGCUGUCGCCGCUGGGGCAGCUGCUGCAGGACCGCUAUGGCUGGCGAGGCGGCUUCCUCAUCCUGGGCGGCUUGCUGCUCAACUGCUGCGUGUGUGCUGCGCUCAUGAGGCCCCUGGUGGCAGCCCAGCCGGGCGGGGCACCAGGCCCCCAGCGGCCAGCCCGGCGCCUGCUGGACCUGAGCGUCUUCCGGGACCGCGGCUUCGUCAUCUAUGCCCUCGCUGCCUCCAUCAUGGUGCUGGGGCUCUUCGUACCACCUGUGUUCGUGGUGAGCUAUGCCAAGGACCUGGGCGUGCCCGACACACAGGCUGCCUUUCUGCUCACCAUCCUGGGCUUCAUCGACAUCUUCGCCAGGCCCACGGCUGGCUUCAUCACCGGGCUCAAGAAGGUGCGGCCCUACUCGGUCUACCUCUUCAGCUUCGCCAUGUUCUUCAACGGCUUCACCGACCUGACGGGCUCCACGGCCAGCGACUACGGCGGCCUGGUGGUCUUCUGCAUCUUCUUUGGCAUUUCCUAUGGCAUGGUGGGGGCCCUGCAGUUUGAGGUGCUCAUGGCCAUCGUGGGCACCCAUAAGUUCUCCAGUGCCAUCGGCCUUGUGCUGCUGCUGGAGGCUGUGGCUGUGCUCAUCGGACCCCCGUCGGGUGGCAAGCUGCUGGACGCGACCCACGUCUACAAGUACGUGUUCAUCCUGGCGGGGGCCGAGGUGCUCACCUCCUCCCUGGUGCUGCUGCUGGGCAACUUCUGCAUCAGGAAGGGGCCUGAGGCGUCGCGGCCUGAGGCGGUGGUCUCAGAGGAGAAGCUCCACAAGCCCCCCGCAGACGUGAGCGUGGACUCACGGGAGGUGGAACACUUCCUGAAGGCAGAGCCUGAGAAAAACGGGGAGGUGGUCCACACCCCGGAAACCAGUGUGUGAGUGGCCUGGCGGGGCUGGCAGGGUGCAGGGAAGAGCUACAGAGACUGGCAACGCUCGUAUUUAUUUCACAAACAGGACCAGCUUAGGCGGGGCCACUGGCUCAGCGCUGGCUGCUGGUCAUCGGGUCAUCACCUGACCAGUGUUUUGCGGGGAAGGUGGCGGGGUGGGAACGUGUCAUUCCACAGCGGAUCUGCGGUGAAGCCAAGCCCAUGGUUACAAGCCGCCUGCUCACCCCAAGCAGCCCGCCCCCCGUGGUCAAGGACCUAGAAGCCCAGGCUUUGAGACAACAUGACUUUAAUAGGAGGGCGGGCUGGGCGGGCUGGCGUGCAGGCGCCUCCUCCAGGCCCCCAGGCCCGUCUGACCCCGCUGCCACCCUCGUCUCCUGCGGUGCCCGUCCCUCUCUCUCUGGGGUACAAAGCACUCCUCCCACCAGUGAAGGUGCACAAUAAACCUGCGUGUGGCGGGGUCUCGGAGGGCCUGGUCCCCGGGAGCUGCGCGCCGUGCCGUGCUGCUCUGCCCUCGGCGCGCUUGGGUUUGGAAAUGACCUGGUUAUUCUUACAA